AUGGACCACAACAACAUCUGCCCUUUCCUCUACAUCCCGCUCCCGACCUCACCGUUUUCCAGCCAGCCCUCCACCGCCAGUACCGAAGCACUGUCAAAGACGGACACACGUUGGCAAAAUCUCCAGGCCAUGUCUUCCUCGAACACAGGAAGCGCUGCUUCUUCUUCUUCCGUCGACGCAUCCCGGCCAAGGGGUAUAGCAACACUCGUUCCGCCCUCAAUGGCGAACAGGGUGCCUCGACAGCCGCCCUUCCCCUAUCCGAGUGACGACUCACAGCCGCGCCGUUACUUCACAGCCGGUGUAGGCGUUGGACCUUUUGACAACCCGGCAGGUGGCUUUCGCAGCACGGCCUCCGCCUACGAACACGCCGCUCUGCUCUUCCCGGACGUCCGCAACCAUCAUAUCCGCAUCACCGCGCUCCAGCUGGUCAACCGCACCGUGUACCGCGCCGCGCUGUACCUGAUGGAGCAGCCGACAAACCUGCAUCUCGAUAUGCACACGCUUGUCUCCGCCCCCACCGCCACACCCGCCGAAGGCAACAAUGACGAGGGCGUCAAGACUGAGGGAGACACGGCCGAGAUGGAUAAGGCCAAGAUAGACAUGGCUGAGGAGCACAAGACCGAGGAGGACAAGGUUGAGGAGGACAAGAUCGAGGAGGGUAUGACUCAGAAUGGCAAAGACGAUAGCAAGGACAAGGCUGAUGCCAAUGUCGUGAACAAGGACAAGGACAAGAACGAUAACAUCAGGACUGGUAGCAUCAGCAAACACCCCGGCGACGACGCCAAAUACAGAGCCGGCGUGCCUGAAUUCGUGCAGCGGCUAGUGGUGGUGGCUCCGCCGUAUGAUUCGGUGGAUGGGGCGGUCGAGUGGCUGAACACAGUUUUGGCGGACAAGGUGAAGGUGAUGAUGAUGGAGAAGAUGGCGAUUGAGAAGGGCGUGGGAUCGCGUGCCGAUGGCGGAGUGAUGUGA